AUGUUCGCCCCCGGCGUCGCCGACGUGAUGCGCGAUUUUCACACUGCCGAUAGAAUGCUUGGCUCGUUCGUCGUAUCCAUCUACGUCCUGGGCUACAUGGUUGGUCCAUUCCUCAUCGCCCCGUUGUCCGAGCUGUACGGUCGUCUGCCGCUGUACCACGUCUGCAACGUUCUGUUCCUGGUCUUCACCAUCGCCUGUGCCGUCGCGCAGACUCUGCCGCAGCUGAUGGUCUUCCGCUUGCUGGCCGGCGUCGCUGGGGUCUGUCCUUUGACUAUUGGCUCCGGCACGGUCGCCGAUAUGAUCCCUAAGGAGAAACGAGCGGGCAUCAUGGCCGUGUGGGCAUUGGGACCCAUCAUGGGACCGGUUAUCGGACCCGUUGCUGGGGGGUUUCUAGCGCAGGAGGAGGGUUGGCGCUGGGUGUUUUGGGUGAUUGCCAUUGCGACCGGAGUAAUGACCGUCGCCUGCAUGGCAUGCUAUCGCGAAUCGUAUGCGCCGGUGAUCCUGGCGCGACGAGCACGACGUCGAGCACCCGACAAACUAACCUCGUCCAGCGGACUCACCCUGGAUCUGUUCAUCUCGACACUGGGCCGACCUAUGAAACUGCUGUUCCGCUCGCCCAUCGUCUUCCUGAUGGCGCUAUUCGCCGCCAUCACCUACGGCUAUCUCUACCUGAUGUUCACGACGCUGACCCCGAUCUUCGAGACCACCUACGGGUUCUCCCCCGGGGUAGCGGGCCUAGCAUAUCUAGGAUUUGGCAUCGGAAGUCUGAUCGGGCUGAUGAUCUGCGGUAUCGUAUCGAAUCGCAUCGCCGAGGCCCAUUCGGCACGAGGCUGCUUCACCCCCGAGUCGCGUCUGCCGCCGAUGCUGGUGGGUUCGUGGGCCAUCCCCGUCGGUCUCUUUUGGUAUGGCUGGUCGGCUCAGGCGCAGACGCACUGGAUAGUGCCGAUCCUGGGCACCGGGGUGUUCGCCAUGGGACUAAUGACGGUGUUCAUGGCAUCCAAUACCUACCUGGUGGAUUCGUAUCUGAGACACGCAGCGUCCGUCACAGCCGCCAGCACGGCGCUGCGAUCGCUGGUCGGCGCGGUGCUCCCGUUGGCCGGACCAGACAUGUACGCUGCUUUAGGGUUGGGGUGGGGGAAUUCGCUACUGGCGUUUAUUGCGCUGGCCAUGUGUGCAUGUCCACUGUGGUUCUGGCGAUAUGGGGAGAGGAUCCGCACGCAUCCACGGUUCCAGGUGCGGUUGUAG